AUGUCAGCAGGUCCUUCUCAUUCUCCUUCGGUCAUCCCUCAACAAUGGCGUCAAUUCACAUUCUUUGACGUAUCUCAAGUAACCGACCAAGAAGAUGUUACUCAACCUCCAAAGAUACUACAAUCCCUCCAACCUCCUAUAGCAAUCACAUCCACAUCCCCCCUCUCACCUCUGACACCAAGUAUCAUCAUCUCAUCCGGUAACUCCAUCACCAUCCUCGAUAGACAUUUCAACCUCGAACGUUCUUUCAUCGCAUGGGAAGGGAAUGGAAGAGCCCAGAGUAUAUUGGAAGCUGGUGGAUUGCUGGUUGCUGUGGGGGAAGAAGAUGGCAGUCGAUUGCCCGUUUUGAAGAUAUGGGAUUUGACAAGGGAGGAAAAGAAGAGAGUCGGGGGUGGACCUGUUUUGAUGAGGAAUGUGAAGAUACAAAAUGGUCAAAGAUCGCAUCCUAUCUCAAGUAUAGCCCUAACUUCAAACCUCUCACAUUUAGCUAUAGGUCUAGGAGACGGUACCGUUUUACUCUAUCGACAUCUACUCCAAUCCCUGACCACCUCUCCAACAUCUCUAACUUCAUUACCGAAAGCUAGAGUCAUACAUGAAUCCCCUGAACCCAUUACGGGUCUAGGUUUCAGAGAACCAUCGUUAUCCACCAAUAUAAUAGAUAAUGAUAAAGGAAGCAACUUGUUAAGUUUAUUUAUAGUUACUGUCAAUCGUCUUCUCUGUGCACAAGUGUCGGGAAAAGGAGGAGAACCCAGGGUUUUAGAUGAUGUAGGUAGUGGAUUAGGUUGUGCUGUUAUGGAUCAAGAAAAAAAGAAAAUGGUCAUAGCUAGCGAUGAAGGGAUUUAUCUCUAUGAUACAGAAGGGAAAGGAGCGAGUUUCGCUUACGAAGGUCCCAAAUCAUCAGUAACAAUACUCCGUCAUAGUCUCAUCAUCACUUCCCCUCCUAUCAUCCCUUCAGCAAAUUCCAAUUCCGCUACGGUCAGACAUCAUUUCGCCAAGACUACCGCGAAUGGCGAUAAUGCAGGAUCGGGGGAUAUAGCUAAGAUUACGGUCUUUGAUUUGGACAAUCAGUUGAUUUCUUAUUCUGGGACUUUUGCGGAUGGAGUUAGGGAUGUGGUUUGUCAAUGGGGACAGGUUUAUGUUUUUGGGAAUGAUGGCAAGCUUUCCAAACUCGAAGAACAGACCACCGCUUCAAAGCUCGAAACGAUGUACAAACGCAGUCUCUUCCCGCUCGCUCUGACGCUAGCGAAAAACGAAGGCAUCACAGAAGCCGGAAUUGCCGAUGUACAUCGACGAUAUGGUGAUCAUUUGUAUACGAAGGGAGAUUUUGAUGGUGCGAUGGGACAGUUUGUCCAAACCUUAGGGUUUUUACAACCUAGUUAUGUGAUUCGAAAAUACCUCGACGCUCAAAGAAUCUCAAACCUCACCACUUAUCUCCAAGAAUUACAUUCCCGAGGACUCGCAAAUCCAGAUCAUACAACUCUUCUACUCAACUGUUAUACCAAAACAUCCGAUCGAGAACGUCUAGACGCAUUCAUCAAAACUGAAGCUCGUCGUUCCGACGGAUCAGAAACAGAACAAUUACCAUUCGAUUUAGACACUGCUAUUCGUGUUUGUCGUCAAGCGGGUUUUUAUGAGCAUGCUUCUUAUCUUGCAAGUAGAUAUGGUCGUCAUGAAGAUUUUCUUCGGAUACAAAUCGAAGAUGCGGAGGAAUACAAGGAUGCUUUGAGGUAUUUAAGAUCUUUAAAACCUGAAUCUUGUCAAGAAAACCUUGUACGAUAUGGUCAAACAUUACUCCAACACGAACCGGAAUCAACCACUGAACUUCUUAUUGAACUUUGUUCCGGUACCCUUGGAAGAGUUCGUUCACCCGAUUUAAACCUGUCAACAAAUCAAGAUCAACCCAACACUACAGGUCCUGCUGUUUUGUCUUAUUUAGGUUAUAAUCACGUCACAAAUCUUUUCACCAAUUCCAUCUCUGCCGUUUCUCCUUCCCCUUCACCUGUACCUAGGCCCACAACCACCGGGCCGAGUAUUACCACCAACAAGUCGACCAACGGCGGGGAAAGAAAAUCAACUUUGGAUUCAAUUCCAAAUCCAAAUCCAAACGCAAAUGCAAGCACAAAUGCAAAUAUGAACCUAUCCGUGAAACUUGAGAUGGAGAAGAAACAGAGUUCACAGACAUACGAAAUACCUUCCCCCAGAAAUUUCUUUUCACAUUUUAUCGACCAACCUAUACUGUUUAUCAAAUUCCUCGAAGCUGUCGCGAAAGCUAGAUGGUCACAAUCUCUUGAUCAACCUCCAGACAAAAAUCUCAUAAGCACGAAAGCCGAUACCAAGUCUGAGAGCAAGGGUAGCUUGGAAAUAGGACAAGUAAGUGUGGAAGAGAAAGAAGAUCAAAAAGCGAUAUGGAACACUCUUCUCGAGUUAUAUCUCUCUUCCCUCCUUUCUUCCGAUCGAAGCCUUGCUGAAAAAUCAAGACGAAAAGCGUUAGAAUUGAUCAAAAGGACAGAUUUGGAAUAUGAUCCCAUACAUGGAUUGAUGCUUUGUUCAACUGUUAAUUUCACAGAUGGUUUGAUUUUUUUAUGGGAAAAUAUGGGAAUGUACGAAGAGAUUUUAAGGUAUUGGAUUUCACAACCUUUACCUGAUUCUCCAAUCGAAUCAAAUCUCACUUCCACAGUCAAAGACGAUCUUCCAAUCGGAACUAAGAUCGUAAAAGGUAAAGAGAAUUUUUCCACUUUGAAGAUGAAAGAUGAAAAAGAAGAAGAUAAUUCAGAAAAGAUACCUUCGGAUGAAGUAUGGAAAUAUUUAGAAAAAUAUGGUCCUACCGAUAAGAAACUAUAUCAAUUAGUGUUGAGAUAUUUCACUUCGAACACUAGUAUAAUAAAUAGACAUCAAGAUAAGAUUAAAGCUCUGUUAGAUGUCAUUGAUGAAGAAAAGAUUAUACCUCCUUUACAAAUCGUUAGAAUAUUAAGUAGGAAUAAUGUUGUUAGUGUUGGGAAUGUUAAGAAUUGGUUGGUUGAUAAAGUUUCAGAAAUGAGACAAGAGAUUGAUUCGGAUAAACAUUUAGUACAAUCAUAUAGAUCAGAAACUGAAACAAAAGAAAAAGAAUUGAUCGAACUUGUUAACCCUCAUAUACCUCAAGUCUCUCAAGUGACCAGAUGUUCAGCUUGUGGAGCACAGUUGGAUUUACCAUCGGUGCAUUUCAUGUGUAAACAUUCUUAUCAUCAACGCUGCCUCAGUGACUCAGAGCCCGAAUGUAUCCUCUGCGCUAGACAACAUUCCAUCAUCCGUGAGAUCCGUAGAAACCAAACUCGUCUAGCGGACAGACACGAUUUAUUCCUUUCCGAAGUACACGAAGCGGAUGAUGGGUUUGCAGUCGUAGCUGCUGCUUUCGGAAGAGGUAUCUUACAACAUGCCAUUUCGGAUCCUUAA